AUGGAACACCGUGACAGUAGUGUCAAGCAGCGAGACUGGAUACAAAAGAAGAAGGAUGAAAUGUUGCAUCUACUUGAAUUGGAAGUUGGCAAAAAUGGGGGGAAGCUAGAAUUUUAUCAAGCUUUUAUUUUGCUGAUAACCCUCCAAAUUUGCAGGCUGAACUUUGAAAUAAUUGGAAGCUUAGAUCCUUUCUCCUUCUAUCGUCUGCGACUCCCGCGACUCAUUGUGGAUUCCUCCUCCUCUGGCGCACCUUCUUUGGUUGCCAAGUUUGAUUCUGAUGUUGCUCCUGCUUCUUCCGUCCAUCCUGCCACUGCUGCGUUUCCCAAUCUUCAUCUUUGUCUCGGUGAAAAGUUGUUGGAGCAAUCAGAGGGGCCACCCAUGCCCAUGCACUCACACUAG